UUGUUACACUCUCUCCGUUCCAUCGCACAUUUUUCAAUGCUUUUCACGAACAGAAUUUUUGUGUUUUAGAACACACAGAAAAAUAAACGGAAUUAUACAUAUAUCUAAGCCAUCAGUGCUUCGAAAAGAAAUAGAUGUUUCAUUCUUUUUAUUGUGAAUAGUUGGUAGAGCGAGCUAAAUCAACGAUAGAAGAGAAUUGUGGGCUUUUUUUUAAGGCUAGAUAGAAGAUUCAGGGGGCUGAGUUUCGUAUUUAUCGUCCGUGCGGGAAAGGAGAAAGAAACAAGAAGAAGACGAAAAAAAAAUUACUAUAAUGUUAUCACAUUUGAUUCGAAUUUGUUGCUGCUGCUACUCUAUAUGAGCAAUCAUUUGGAAUUUAAGUCGAACUUUUCGACACAAGGAAUUUUUCCCUUCCGAAAAUGUCAAUAGAUAAUCAAUCAAUUUAAACCAAACGACGACGAAAAAAAAACUCAAAAAUCAUGAUUCCAUGAACACACAAAGAAUACACAUACACAACAGUUUUCACCAAGAAGAAAAAAAUAAAAUCAAGGCAACAUUUGCUCGCAAACUCGUUGCAAAAUAUAUAAGUGUGAUGCAAAAUAGCGAGAGUAGAAUUUUAAAAUAUUAAGAAAGGAUAUAAAAGUAAAAGGCAAGGAAAAAAUCACACGCAAACAACAACAAUUUCGAAUGCAAUUAAAUAAAUUGAAACGAACCGUAUCAAGCGUGCGCGCCUGUUAAUUCACAAUUAACAAUGCAGUGAACAACAACGGUUCAAUUAAUAACUAAAGAGAGUAAAAUUAUCAUUAUUAUGGUUAAAUGAUGUGCUAAAUGGAAACAAUUUCACGACACACACAUAAAACAUUGUUGUUUUUUACGAAAUUGUUUUUCGUUUGGCGCUAAUGAGUUCAGCUUUUGAUGGAAUGUGAAACUAUUCGUUGAAUAUAUUCGGACGGCAACUCAUCAGGUGUAAAGAUGAGAGUUGACCAGAAGUAAUUGGCUACACAAAGUACCUACAGUGUUUUUUCUUCUGAAAAAAGAAAAUCGAACACAUAUUUUUACCGGAGUAAUUGAAUCAAAGAGUUAAUCAGCCCUCGCGUCAUCCAGGCCCAUUUGGAAUAGUCCAAAAGUUGAAGUGAUUAUUUUUGUUCUUUUUUUUGUUCAUGACAAAAUCCAUAUGAUAAUAUUACGAAUUGACGUGUUUGUGGAACAAUGUGUCAACGAGCAGAAGAACUAAUGAAUUUGUCAAUGGAUCCAACAAAUAGCGACGCGAAGCGUAACAUUGUUCUUCAAACGAACGAUGUUAUGAUAGAACCCGCAUCGGACACAAACGAAACCACAACCAACACCAUCAUCACCACUACCGCCGCCAAUGCCAACAAAACUGAAAAUGGCAAACAUAGUCCAGCAGCUGCCUUAUCGCCGUCAUCAAUUAUCUUAUCGCCAUGCAGUGAUAAUAAUGAAAAGCCAAACAAUGGCAUUAACAAUGCCGUUGCCGUCAACGAUGAAGAAUAUGAUGAUGUUAAACAGUUUUUCGAUAAAAAAUUACACAUCAUUGAGAAAUGGCUGCGCGAUCGUGCUGCACCCGAUGUUCAAUCAAAAUUACAUGAAGCCACGGAUUUUUCACCACGCAGCCCACAGGCUCCACGCACCUCAUCAGUGACAUCGGAUUUGUUUCAACAGUGGCUGUCCUCGUCACCGGUACAAAAACGAUCAUCAAGCUCGCGUCUAUCAUCAUUAACCAGCCGACAAUAUUUGGAGAAUUUGGACGAGGGCGAACUGUUUAUGGAAUUAAUUCGUGAUAUUUCAAAUGAGUUAGAUAUUAACGUACUCUGCCAUAAAAUAUUGGUGAACGUAUGCUUGCUGACGCAUGCUGAUCGCGGUUCAUUGUUUUUGGCAAAGGGAACGACUAAAAAUCGAUAUUUGGUUGCGAAACUGUUUGACGUAAAUCAAGAUACCGUCUUAGAUGAUGCCACCCGACUAGCAAAUGCCGAAGAGAUUGUAAUUCCGUUUGGUGUUGGUAUCGCUGGCACCGUAGCCGAAACAAAAAAUACGGUUAACAUUAAGAAUGCGUAUGAAGAUCCCCGAUUUAAUUGUGAAAUCGAUCAAAAAACCGGCUACAAAACGAAAAACAUUCUAUCGAUGCCAAUAUGUAACUAUGAGGGCGAUGUCAUUGGUGUGGCUCAAAUAAUCAAUAAGACGAAAGCACCGGGUGAAUUUACCGAGCAUGAUGUCGAGGUGUUUCGUCGUUAUUUAACAUUUUGUGGUAUUGGUAUUCAAAACGCCCAACUAUUCGAAAUGUCCGUACAAGAAUAUCGUCGCAAUCAACUAUUACUGAAUUUAGCACGCAGCAUAUUCGAAGAGCAGAACAAUUUAGAGUGUUUGGUUACGAAAAUUCUCACCGAAGCUCGUGAACUAUUAAAAUGCAAACGAUCCACUGUAUUUUUGCUAGACCUAGACUGUUGUGAAUCGAGUCACAUUGAAAAAAUCAUCGAGAAACCGCAAGCAUCGGUCCAUCAUCAACCGUUGUCGCGACGCCAAAGUCAUAAUGUUAAUGUCGAGGAUAUAAUAGCACAACAGAAUUCACGUGCACGUUUUACCAUGAUUUUUGACAUUGCACAAGAUAGUCAUACACCGACGAUUUCUCGCCCGACCAUCAACGAUUUGAAUACAUCGUCUUUGGCGCAAAUCGCACAAUUAGUUGCAUCCACCAGUCAAUUGUUCAAUAUAAUUGACAUAGCGCAAUGGGCCCGAGAGCACCCAGAUAUUUCACUUGACGAUGAACUGCAAGGAAGUUCAGCCGUGCUAUGUAUGCCAAUCAUUAAUGCACAGAAAAAUGUUAUUGGUGUGUCUCAAUUCAUCAAUAAGGAGAACGGGACACCAUUCACCGACUCUGAUGUGUCUAUUAUUGAAGCGUUCGCCAUAUUUUGUGGUCUGGGCAUACAUAACACGCAAAUGUAUGAGAAUGCGUGCAAAUUGAUGGCCAAGCAAAAGGUUGCAUUAGAAUGUUUGUCGUAUCAUGCGACUGCGACGCCUGCUCAAACCACCAAAUUGGUCCAAGACACCAUACAAUCGGCCGAAGACUACUGCCUCUACAGUUUCAAAUUUAUUGACUUUGAUCUUGACGAUGAGGACACAUGCCGUGCAGCCGUUCGCAUGUUCCUUCAAUGCAACUUGGUUCAACAAUUUCACAUCCCAUACGACGUGUUGUGCCGUUGGAUACUGAGCGUUAAGAAAAAUUACCGUCCCGUUAAAUACCACAAUUGGCGACAUGCACUCAAUGUCACCCAAACCAUGUUUGCCAUGAUGAAAACCGGAAAAAUGGAGAGAUUUGUUACUGACUUGGAAAUACUUGGACUGCUUGUUGCGUGCUUGUGCCAUGAUCUCGACCAUCGUGGUACAAACAAUUCAUUUCAAACGAAAACAACCAGCCCAUUGGCCAUUUUGUACACAACCAGCACCAUGGAACACCAUCAUUUCGAUCAGUGCAUCAUGAUUUUGAGCUCCGAGGGAAACAAUAUAUUCCAGGCACUCUCGCCGGACGACUAUAGACGCGUUAUGAAGAUUGUCGAAGAGGCGAUCUUAUCAACCGACUUAGCAAUGUAUUUUGAUAAAUACAAAAAAUUUGCCGAUUAUGUGGAGAAUGGCGAAUUUGAUUGGCAGAACGAGGACAAAAAGGAAUUGCUUUGUGGUAUGAUGAUGACUGCAUGUGAUGUGAGUGCCAUCGCAAAACCGUGGGAGGUACAGCAUCGGGUUGCAAAAUUGGUUGCCGAUGAAUUUUUCGAUCAGGGUGACCUUGAAAAGCUACAACUCAACACAAAACCCAUCGCCAUGAUGGAUCGAGAACGAAAGGAUGAAUUACCGACGAUGCAAGUGAGUUUCAUCGAUAUGAUUUGUUUGCCUUUGUAUAAAAUGUUAUCGGAUACAUUCCCAUGGAUCAAACCACUAUACCAAGGAACGCUAAAUAAUCGAAAUCACUGGCAAGAUUUGGCCGAAAAAGUCGAAAUGGGUUUAACAUGGAUCGAUCAUGAUACAAUCGACAAACCUGUCGAGGAAUUCGGAGCAUGUGCCGACGAAGUAAAAGGCAUCGAAUUUACGGUAACCACAUUGAAUUGUGCUCAAGAUCAAAAUAACGUUGCACCGAAUGAACAACGGCGAAAAUUCAGUAGUUUACGCAAAACGGGCGCACUAUCAAAAGCAGUACGAUCUAAAAUUUCUAAAUCGUUUUAUAGCAAUUCCAAUAGUAAUAAAGCCGAUAAAUUGGCCAAUGUGCAAGCGAGUAGCGAUAACGAGAAAAUUUGCGAUAUUCAAUUUAGUAGUAAAGAAAAGACUCCAUUGUGUGCGGAAGCGACAACAGCAACGAUUGAAAAAACCACCAAUACCACCCAGACACCGACCACAAAAACCGACAAAACGGAAAAGCAUAAAAAACGAUCGAAACUGUGCCAGUUGCUAUGACCAAAAUUUUAUGUAACCGAAAAGUAAAAACUACCGUCGUCGCCGUCGCCGUCGCCACCGCCGCAUUAGAAAAUUCCUAGACAUGAAAAAAUGAAUGACGGCUCAUGAACGAAAUACGAUAGACGAAGAAAAAACUACGGAGAAGUAGAGAGCAUAAAAUAUAUAUAUAUAUGAGAAUAAGCGACUUUCAAGCAAUAGUCCUAUAGUUGUAAACUGUUAUUGUUCGUUUUCCUUUCUUUCUAUUCUAGAGAAAUCGACUUUCUUUAAGCUAACAAAAGAAACUUUCUCUGUCUUUCAUUUCAAGUGCACUGUCAUUAAAAUUGUUUUUCCUCUAUUCUAAACGUAAAAUUAAAGGAAAAAAACACAAUUCUAUGUAGUCUAAUGAACGUAUUGGUUUAGUUUGAGCUAAAAUUCGUGAAGCCGCACUUCGAUUAGAAUGAAUUCUCUGUGAACAAAGUAUUUAGAAUAAAAUUCGAAGAAUAAAAACAAACACAGAGAAAAGGAGAAAGAGAAAGAGAAAGAUAGACAGAUAGAGAGAUAGAGAGAGAG